UAUAGUAGAAACAGUAUAGUAGCUUGUCAAACCAAAAUCAGGCAACACUUAAAUCUCGCGAACGCGUUGUGCUGUCUGCUGUAACCGCGAGUGUCACAAUAAAAAAAAUCGCAAAAACUGAAUGAUUAUUGUGUGAAAUAAACAUUUAUUGUUAAUUUUCAAGUUCUGUACAGUGUUAAAUGUUUGAUGGAAGCCUAUUUGCGAGCCGCUGAUGCUUUAAUAAGGAGAUACAGAUCAACAGCAGCCAACCACACGCCGCUACACAACAAAUGGAUUAGCCUUAUAUUAUAAUAUAAGCCAAUCAUAUUUAGCCUAAGCAUAACCAUGACUCGUCAUAUAGUCACCGUUUGUAUGUUCUGUCUCCUCUGCGCAGCCCAUUCCUGUGGCUCACACAUAGACAUACAAAGCAACGGGAUCCUCACAUACGAUGCGAGCAUCAACGAACCAGAUCACUUAAAUAUAGACUUAGAAGAAAAACGGUCUACCCGAUACCAUCAGAAAUUGCAGAAAAUUAGACAGGGGAGGUCCAAAAGGGAGGUAAAAGUUGACCCUGAUACAUAUGUACAGCAGAUCUUUAGGCUUUAUGGAGAUGCUGAGCAUAUGACGAUGAAUUUGACGGGGUUCAAUAAGAUGUUGGUGGAACUGGACCUGCAUGAGCUGGUGGAGGGAGGACAGAAGAGUGAGAGUACCGGUAGGGGGCUGUACCCCGGAGACCAUGCGCAAGAUGCUAAAAAUGAUGUUGUUAAUUGUAUGAACAGCUCAGAACUAAUCACAACUGUUAACACUCGGUUAAAACCGCCACAUGACCACGCUCACGAGCACACCGACCACCACAUGCACGAAGCUGAUGAGAUCAUCACGGAAUCCACUCUUCAGACCAUGUGCCCCAUACUCCUGUACCAAAAACUAGCCAGCACCUCCAUAGAAAGGACUGGAUGUGUCAAAGAAACUAGGAUAGGCAGAAGAACAGACGUAGCUCCCAAACAUGUGCCCACAGAAAUGGCGUACUCUAAAAAUAUGUAUGCCGUAUGGCUGUACUCAUCGUUGUGUAUUUUUGCUAUCAGUGCUUGCGGUCUUCUCGGAGUAGCCGUGAUCCCAAUUAUGCAUAAGACUUAUUACAAUCAUCUACUGCAGUUUCUAGUAGCUUUAGCUGUUGGUACUCUCUGCGGUGAUGCAUUACUACAUCUCAUGCCUCAUGCAAUGAGUCCUGCUCACGACCACGACAGUCAUGGAGAGACAGAACUCGAAAUACGAGCGUCUCACGACGAUGGAAUGUGGAAGGGACUCGCAGCUAUGUUAGGUGUGGUCUUCUUCUACUUCACGGAAAAGGGUCUAACAGUUGUUGUCGAAUGGAGGAAACGCCGCCAAAAGCUGGAGGAAGACAAACUCCCUUCAAGAGUCCGCGUCCUCAAAGACGAGACUGUAGGAGGCUGUUCGGGAGGCGCUAAAGCCCCAAUUACAAACUCCACCUCAAAUUCUCUCAUGAAAAUUUUCAAGCGAGACGAGAAAGGGGAUCCUACAACAAAAACUUGCAAGCACAAGUACUCUGAAUACCCUUACUGUUAUGACGAAAUUGAUACUGAUACUCAUGAUGACCAUCACUUGAGAGACGGUAUACCGCCUAGUCCUAAACAUGGGAAGAAACACAAUAACUCCGUGAGUGUGGUUUCCUCGAAUGCUUUGAACGCGGAAGGUAAGGAGGAGCCUACAGCGAAGGAUUGGCUGUUGAAGGCGGAGUCCACUCCAGCGGUUGUGGAGAUGAAUAAUAUUAAGCAUAAAGAGGAGGGAAAGGAUCUGAAGGAUGGUGAUAGUUAUACUGUUAUAUUGAGGGAGCACUCUCGCGCCCACCACGGGCACUCUCACGCUCACGGCCACGUGCACGCGCCGCCCUCGUCCAUCGCGUCCGUCGCCUGGAUGGUCAUCAUGGGAGACGGGUUGCACAACUUCACUGAUGGCAUGGCUAUAGGUGCUGCGUUCGCUUCGAACAUAGCGGGCGGUUUCUCAACAGCCAUCGCGGUGUUGUGCCACGAGCUGCCUCAUGAAUUGGGUGACUUCGCAGUCCUCCUAAAAGCGGGUAUGUCAGUCAAACGAGCGGUUUGCUACAACAUACUCUCGUCUGGCUUAUGUCUUCUCGGCAUGGUAUGCGGCGUCCUAGCGGGCCACGCGCCGUCGGCUACUCGCUGGCUGUUUGCCGCCGCUGCCGGCAUGUUCCUGUAUAUUGCGCUCGUUGAUAUGAUGCCCGAGUUAAGUACAUCGCACAGCAAAGAGGGUACUCUCUGCCAGUGCAUACUACAACUGAUGGGGCUUGCUACCGGCAUUGGCAUAAUGCUGGUCAUUGCUCUCUACGAGCACGACCUCAAAACGCUAUUCGGCUAAACUGUGCAGAAUAGCCUCUUGUGCAAAAUAGGAAAAUCCUGUGCAAGAUAGAACGAUCCUGUGCAAAAUAGUACCAACCUGUGCAAAAUAGUAGCAAAUUGUGCAAAAUAGUACCAA